UGGACAACCGGAAGAAUCUGGAACGGAAGUGACGCAUGAGGAGACAUGGCGGAUACAGCGGCUGAGCUGCUGUUUUUAGAUACGUUUAAACACUCAAACUCAGAGCAGAAUACGCAUGUGGAUGUCGUUCGCUUUCCGUGUGUGGUUUACAUAAAUGAAGUUCGAGUUAUUCCUCCUGGUGUCAAAGCUCACAACAACUUGCCUGAUAGCAGGGCAUAUGGGGAGACCUCACCUCAUGCAUUUCAGCUAGACCUGUUUUUCAACAAUGUCAGCAAACCAAGUGCGCCUGUUUUUGAUCGAUUAGGAAGCCUUGAUUACGAUGAAAAUGCAUCUAUUAUAUUUAGACCAAAUAAUAAGAUCAAUACAGAUGGAAUUGUCCUGAGAGGUUGGUACAACUGUCUAACUGUGGCAAUUUAUGGAACUGUUGAUCGGGUGAUAAGUCAUGACAGAGAUUCCCCUCCUCCACCUCCACCCCCACCUCCUCCACCGCAACAGCAGCAACAACAGCAGCAGCAGCAGCAGCAACUUCAGCCACAGCAACUUCAGCUGCAGCAGCAACAGCCAACUCUUAAAAGGAGCAUAAAACAUGAUUGGGAUAAAGAGGAUCAAUACAAUGAAAAUCCUCCAAGACCACAGCCAAGGGGACCACGAACACCACCUGGUCCUCCUCCACCUGAUGAUGAUGAUGAGGAGGAGACACUGCCACAGACCUUGUGUCCAGAUAAAGUGGAUGAAAGUGAACAUAGAGAGGAUUACUUUGAACCCAUCUCUCCAGAUCAUUCUUCCAAUCACCAGGAGGCACAGUUAACCGAUGCUGAAGAAGAGGAAGAGCCUCCAGAGGAGGAAAAGGAAGAUGAGGAGGAAGAUCCGGAAGUAGAAGAGGAAGAUGAAGAUCAACAAACCGUUGAAAGCAUUGAAGAAGAGGAGGGUGAUGUGGAAGAGGAAGCAAGGGAAGAAGUUGAUGAAGAUGAUGGCUAUGAACAAAUCUCCAGUGAUGAAGAUGGAAUUGCAGAUUUGGAACGUGAAAAUUAUAAAUUAAAUUUUGACAUUGAUUAUACCGCUGAAGAUCUGGCAUCCGUGCCGACUAUGGCAUAUGAUCCUUAUGACAGAGACAUAGGACCUCUUUUAUACUUUAAUCCUCCCUAUAGGACUAAAUAUGAAAAUGAAGUUGCUAGAUUAAAGGAACUUGACUUAGACAAAGUGGGUGCAGCAAAUAUAGAAGCUGCUGUUAAGUUAAAAGAACUGCUUGAACUAUACAAAGAUGACCGAGGUGCCAAAUGGGUAAUGGCUUUGGAAGAGGUGCCGAGUUUACUGGUUAAGGGUUUGAGUUAUGUUCAGCUAUUUGAAAGUGAUCAGGACCAUCUGAAACAACUAGUAGACUGGACCAUGGAUGCUUUAAGCCUUCACACAGCUGUAACACAACCUAUAGCACUGAAUGUCAGACAGCUAAAAGCUGGGACAAAGCUUGUUUCUUCUUUGGCUGAAUGUGGGUCUGAAGGAGUUUCAGCCCUUUCAGCAGCAGGUAUUAUUGAUAAACUCUUCGUUCUGUUGUUUGCAGAACAUAUGUCAUCUUCUUUAAAACUAAACACACUCAAAGCUUUGGAUAGUUUUGUUAGUGUAGCAGAGGGAAUGGAAAAAUUCUUGAACAGUAAGACAGAAGAACAAAAAAGUGGGUAUCAAAGGUUAGUGGAACUUAUACUGACUGACCAAACUGUGAGGGUUGUGACAGCAGGCAGUGCUAUAGUGCAAAAAUGCCACUUCUAUGAGCUUUUGUCAGAUUUGGAAAGGUUGGCUUCUCAUCUUGCAGAAAGUACUCCUGUCCCUUCAAACAUGAGUGAAGUAGACCAUGAUGUUAAUAUUGGGCAAGAGAAAGGAAACAAAAGUAAUGAAGAAGUAGAUCUCGAGGCUCCGAUGGAUUUGGACCAUUUAUUAGAAGCUUCUAAUAUAAGUGAAGUGGAAGUAGAAAAAAUUGUUAGCAUUCUUGAUGAACUUUUGCACUUGUUGGAGGCUGCACCUUAUUCAAUGACCCAGCCACCUGUUAAGUCAUUUCCAACAGCUGCUCGCAUCACAGGCCCUCCAGAAAGGGAUGAUCCUGCACCUGCUCUGUUAAGGUAUCUUAACAGCUGCCAUUUUUUGGAAUCACUCACUCUGCUGCUGUCUAUUCCUGCAACCAAUGGCCAUCCUAGCGUGUUACAGUCUAUUAAAGACCUGAUUAAAUUCCUAAUUCAGAUACAAACUGGUCUUUUAUUCCUCAGUACUGAGUACGAAGCGACGAAUUUGCUGAUACGAGCCUUGUCUCAGACUUCUGAUCAAGAUCAGGAGGAGGGUAUCCAAACUGAGAAUAGCAAUGAUGAUACAUUGGCUAUAUGGCUUUUGUAUUCAUUACAGGCAUUGCAGUAUGUUUCUGAACUUUUUGACUACUUAAAUCGAGGUUUAGCAGUUGAGGAAACAGAUCGUGCAGAUGUAUUAGGAACUCUUCAUAGCCUCUAUCUGAUUACAUUCAAUCCAAUUGGACGAAAUGCUGUGUCCCAUGUCCUCCAGCUGGAUAAAAAUCUUUCCAGUCUCAUUACUCUUAUGGAAUACUAUUCCAAAGAGCUCUUGGGAGACACAAAGUCCAGAAAAUCUGUUGCAUGCAAUUAUGCCUGCAUGCUUAUUUUGCUAACAGUGCAAUCAACUCAUGAUGCACAAAUGCUGGAACAGCAUUCUGCUGGAUUACUGAGACUCUGUAAGGCUGAUGAUACCAAUCCCAAACUACAAGAAUUGGGUAAAUGGUUGGAGCCACUGAAGAAUCUCAAGUUUGAAAUUAAUUGUAUUCCUAGUCUUCUUGAAUAUAUUAAACAGAAUCUGGAUAAUUUGACCAUUCAAAUGACUCAGGAAGGUGCUGGACUAACCACUGCACUACGUGUCCUUUGUCACAUUGCGUGCCCCCCUCACCCUCUUGAAGGUCAGCAGAAAGAUCUUAAGUGGAAUCUUGCAAUUAUUCAAUUGUUUUCUGCAGAAGGCAUGGACAUACUUAUUCGAAUACUUCAAAAACUCAACAGUGUCUUAAUACUUCCCUGGAGACUGCAUGCAAAUAUGGGAACUACAUUGCAGAGGAUUAUGAUCCUUUCCAUUACAAGAUGCACUCUUUCCCUUUUGAAGGCAAUGUUGACAGAACUUCUAAGAGGAGGGUCUUUUGAAUUUAAGGAUGUCCGAGUUCCCACAGUACUGGUUACACUCCACAUGGUUCUUUGCUCUAUACCUCUGUCUGGACGACUGGAUGAUGAAGAGCAAAAGAUUCAGAAUGACAUUGUUGAUAUUCUACUUACUUUUACUCAAGGAGUCAAUGAGCAGGUUGCUUAUUCUGAGGAAUCGUUGGCAAACAACACAUGGUCAUUAAUGUUAAAGGAAGUCCUUUCCUUUGUAUUGAAAACACCAGAAGGAUUUUUCUCUGGAAUGUUACUGCUUUCAGAACUCUUGCCUUUUCCACUGCCCAUGCAAACCACACAGCCAAUUUCAUCAGAAGGUGUAGCUAUUGCACUGAAUACCCGAAAACUGUGGAGCAUUCACCUUCAAAUACAAGCAAAGUUCCUGCAAGAAAUAGUACGUUCCAGCUUUGGAUCCACAUGUCAAACUCUGCAACAGAUACUUAGGCGUGUGUGCAUACAACUGUGCGAUCUGGCUUCUCCUACAGCUCUCCUUAUCCUAAGGACUGUAUUGGACUUGAUUGUAGAAGAUUUGAGCAGUCCUUUAGAAGGAAAAGAGAGAGUCUCCACUGCCCAGACUGCACGUCUGCUUGCACUGCUGGAUUCUUUAGCUUCACAUGGAGCUUGCAAGGCUGCCCUUUUACAUCUUUUAAGUGGAACCAGCAAAGGUGAUGAGAGAUUUGUGGAGGUCUUUCAAGUAAUGCUGGAAUUGCUACAGACAGCAGUUGACAACGUACAUCACCAGCACUGUGCUGAAUAUAUUGCUUCUUUUGUGCAGUCCCUCUGUGACCAGGACAUUUCAUUGAUGUUGACAAACUCAACUGAGGGACCUGGUUCUGACCUGGAACAGCUAUCCAAUUCCCUGCCAAACGGAGAACUUCUAUCACAAAUAUGUGACAGUUUCUUGCAAGCACUAGCUAACAGUGAGACCACUUAUACCACAGUACUUACAUGUCUCAGGACCAUGAUGUUUUUAACAGAACAUGAAUAUGGCUUUUUCUAUUUGAAGAGUGCUUUGAGACAAAAUAAUAAUGCGAUCCAUUGUCUGCUGAAACGUGUGGUCCAUAACUUCAACAAAGAAAUGGCUGAGCUGGCUUCUUCAUUGUUGGAUUUUUUGCGCCAGAUCAUAAACACAGAUAGUUUGGGUAAUUGUGGCGAUGAAGGUGCUCCUAUGGAAGUAGAUGGUUUCCAAACUCCCCGUUCUUCAGCACUCAGUGGUGCAGAAGUGAAGCAGCUCCUAAAAUGGAAGGAAUCUGCAGAUGAUCAUUUGCUGUUUGAACUGGAUAAAGUUGUUACGGAACUGUGUAAAGAGGAUGAUAGUUUCGACUCUUUAUUAGAAAAUGUUGUUGGAUUGCGGCAGAUGUUAGAAUCAACUACAGAUGUAUUGCCUGUUACUACACAAGAUGUGGAACCUGUUCUUCCUGUUUCUGAAUCUCUUCCAGUCCAGUUUAACAACAGGACAGCAUAUGUCUUGGCAGAUGUCCUGGAUGACCAGCUAAAGACAUUAUGGCUUUCCCCGUUUCAAACCGAAGAGAUUGACACAGAUAUAGAUAUGGUCAAGGUUGACUUGAUUGACCUAGCUGAGAAGUACUGCUGUGAUAUGGAUCUGAAAGCAGAACUGGAAAGAUCAUUCCUUUCAGAACCCUCGUCUCCUGUUGUAGCCAAGGUAGCAAAAGGCUUUAAACUGGGAAAACACAAGCAUGAAACCUUCAUUACUUCCAGUGGAAAAUCUGAAUAUAUAGAGCCUGCCAAACGAGCCCAUAUAGUACCACCUCCCCGAGGUCGAGGCAGAGGGGGAUUUGGGUCAAAUUGUAGACCUCAUGAUAUAUUUCGGCAACGGAAGCAAAACACAAGCAGACCGCCUUCAAUGCAUGUGGACGAUUUUGUAGCAGCAGAGUGCAAAGAUGUUCCUUCCUCUGGUCCACCCCCAGCAAAAAGGACAAAUAAAGGACCUCAGAAAGCUCCUCGUGGUGGAUUUUCUGGAAAUAGAGGAGGUCGUGGUGUCUUUCAUAAUCAGAACCGUUUCUUUUCUCCACCUGCUCCCAAAGAAGAUCUAACUUUUCUUCCAGGUCAUGCAGUAGGACUCCUUCAUCCUAGCACCAGAAAUCAAUUUCAUUUGUGCGGUGGUAUUUCAAGCCCUUUUUAUGCAGCAAACAGUCUGGAUGAAUGGGGAAAUUAUAGCCGUCGUGAAGGAGGACGUGGGUCAAGCUGGAGUGUCCAGAAUAGUCCCCGUGGUACAUACAGUGAAAAUCGAGGUGGUCAAAGCAAUUUUAACAAAGGGCUGCCAUCAAGACAGCCUUCAACAGGAUACCGUCAAAGUCCUCGUGAUCGUACAUCGAGGGGUCGAGGAGCAGGACCAUCAUGGGGAGGAGGCAGCUCAAGGGGAAAGUUCAGUGGAGGAAGCAGCGGAAGGGGUAGACAUGUGCGAUCCUUUACCCGCUAAUGGAUAUUUUUGCACGAUUUCGAUAUCUGUGAACAAGUAAUUUUUUUUUUGCCCUCAAGACAAUGAAGUUGUGUGCAAGAUUCUGUAGCGGAGAUUGUGGCACUGAAGGACCAAUAUUUGACUCCAUUAAUUUCUGGUUGUGAGAUUUAGUUUCAAGAAAAGUGGAUAUUUUCGUUGAAGAAAUUUGGAAGAUGUUGUCCUUUUAUAGCAGUAUUGGAAUUUUAAUAAAAUGGAUCAUCAAAAAGG